AGCGUGUGCCCCAGGCUAAUGGUCUGGAUGACACAGGCCAGGAGAGGCGGGGCUUCUCGGCACCAGCCCCAGCCUUUGGGCGGGUGACCUUGGCUUCUGUCUGCGGAACUGUUGUCUUUAGAAGUUCCGGGAGUAGGAGGGUCUGUGUUCCCGGGCGUGUUCCUCCCUGCCAGCAUCCUUCGGGCGGGCUUUGAUCGCUGAUGCUGCGGUGGUGGGCGGCGGGAGCUGGAGCAGGUACGGUGGAGCGAUGGCAAAGCUGCGGUUAGGAAGACCAAAAUGCUACUCACUUCACCUCGGAAUCCUUCCCCUCACAGUGGUUGCCUUGGUCUUCUUUGGCUAUGGGUUCCCAAGCCACAGAAGCCAGGAACUGGGAAACUCAGAAGCUGGGACUAGGAUGGCCUAUGCCCAGCCAAAGGUGCUAACACCCAGUAGGAAAGAUGUUCUUGUCCUGACCCCUUGGCUGGCUCCCAUCAUCUGGGAGGGGACCUUCAACAUCGACAUACUGAAUGAACAGUUCAGGCUUCGUAACACCACAGUUGGACUGACCGUGUUUGCCAUCAAAAAGUAUGUGGUGUUCCUGAAGCUGUUCCUGGAGACAGCAGAGCAGCACUUCAUGGUGGGACACAAGGUCACCUACUAUGUCUUCACUGACCGUCCCUCUGACGUGCCGCAGGUGCCCCUGGGUGCAGGACGGAAGCUGGUGGUGUUAACUGUGCGCAGCUACACCCGCUGGCAGGAUGUGUCCAUGCACAGGAUGGAGAUGAUCAGCCACUUCUCAGAGGAGCGCUUUCUGCAUGAGGUGGAUUACCUGGUGUGUGCAGAUGUGGACAUGAAGUUCAGUGACCACGUGGGUGUGGAGAUUCUCUCAGUACUCUUUGGUACCCUGCAUCCUGGCUUCUACAGUAGCAGCCGAGAGGCCUUUAGCUAUGAGCGCCGGCCACAGUCCCAAGCCUACAUCCCCUGGGAUGAGGGUGACUUUUACUACAUGGGGGCCUUCUUUGGGGGGUCAGUGUUGGAGGUGUACCAUCUCACCAAGGCCUGUCAUGAGGCUAUGGUGCAGGACAAGGUCAAUGGCAUAGAGGCUGUGUGGCAUGAUGAGAGCCAUCUGAACAAGUACCUGCUAUACCACAAGCCUACAAAGGUGCUGUCCCCAGAGUAUGUGUGGGACCAGCAGCUGCUGGGCUGGCCCUCCAUCAUGAAGAAGCUGAGAUAUGUGGCUGUGCCCAAGAACCAUCAGGCAAUCAGGAACAGAUAGCUGAAUUCCUAUUGGGGAGGACAGACCUAUGUCCAGGGGCACUCCAGGCUGCGUGGAACUGGAAGGAUUUCAGAGACAUUGGUAUCACCCUCCAGCAGCCCUGGUACCAACCCCUUGGCUCACCACACACUAAGCCCCUGGAGUGACAGCCUCCAGCUCCCACUGUGUCCCUCUGCUCCUUCUAUUCAGUGAGAUGGUAGCUAGAGCCUUCAGGACAUUGGGAGAAACUCUGUCAUGCAGUUACCUGGGGGCCUGAGCAUCCUCACACAGGCGUGUGCCUUCCUCUGCUGGGAGGCUUGACAGAUGGCCAGUGCCCUUAGGAAUAGGCAGGAGGCAGGGAGAGUCACAGAUUACAGAACUCAGAGGUGCUUAGCUCCUGUUUAGCCCAGCUGGCAGACCAGCAUCCUGUGACCUUUGCUCAUUUUUGGUUUAUUUGGGAAUACCUAGUGAUCCAACCUGGGAAUAAGUGUAUUUCUAGGCAAUAUAGGAAGUUUUACAUUUUCUUUUAAAAAUUUUAGUAAUUUUAUUUAUUUAUUUAUUUUUUUAAGAUCUGAGUAUUUUGUCUGCAUGUUUGCCUACAUGCCAGAAGAGGGCAUCAGAUCCCAUUAUAGAUGGCUGUGAGUCCCCAUGUGGUUCCUGGGAAUUGAUCUCAGGACCUCUGGAAGAGCAGUCAGUGUUCUUAAACACUGAGCCAUCUCUCCAGCCCUCUUUUUUUGUUUUUGAGGUACUUGGGAUUGAACCCUGGGCCUCAUGGGUGUUAGUCAGACAUGCUACCACUGGUCCGGGCUCUCUCUUAGAGACACAUGACUGAACUUGCUGAGUGUUAGGUCCACUACAUUAUUUUUAUACUCUAGUUUCCAUUUGAAAUUUCCAUUAAUAAAUAGAUGGUUACUUUUUCCCCCUUUUACAGUGUUGUGAUCAAAUUCAGUUCCCAGCAUCAAAUUUUACAUUUUUUUGGGAGGUAGUGGGGGUUCGUGUUACUUUUUUUUGCGUUUUUCUUUUUAUUUAUUCUGUGCGUCUUUUACAAAGUGUACCUUGAUCCCAUUCAUUUCCCCAUCCCUUCUCAUCCACCCUCCGCCCCUACACCCCAUCCCCAAAUAAAACAAAAGCUAGGGGAAAAAAAGAGAAAAAAUUAAAAAUCUUGUCAUGGAAUCUGUAGUGUGACACAGUGAAUCACGCAGUAAACCCUUUAAUCCAUACAUCUUUACUUGCAAGUGUUCUUUGGAAAGAGUGUUUGGUCUGGUUCGAGGCCUCUGGUUUCUAUUACACUGUUGAUGCUGGGCCCUCACUGAGACUCCUCUCGGAUAUCCUGCUGUUGCCUUGUGUAAGGUCCCUUCUAGUGCUCCAGCAGAUCAUAAAUGGGGUGGAUUAUUAUUAUUAUUUUUAGGGCAUGUUGCCUUUGUUGUGAAUUCAAGGUCUCCUUUUUUUAAAAUUUUUUUUCCAUUUCAUAUCAACCACAGUUUCCCCUCCCUCCCUUUCUCCUGCUCCCCCACCUCCUCCCUACCCCACACUCAUCCACUCCUCAGAGAGGGUAAGGCCUCCUGUUGGGAGUCAACAAAGUCUGGCACAUCAAGUUGAGUCAGUCCCAAGCCCCUUCUCCCUGCAUCAAGGCUGAGCAAGGUAUCCCUCCAUAGGGAGUGGGCUCCAAAAAGCCCGCUGAUGAACCAGGGCUAAAUCCUGGUCCUACUGCCAGGGGCCCCACAAACAGACCAAGCCACACAACUGUCACUCACAUUCAGAGGGCCUAGUUAGGUCCCCUGCAGGUUCCCCAGUCAUCAGUCCAGAGUCUAUGAGCUCCCAAUAGCUUGGAGCUGCUCUCUCUGUGGGUUUCCCUGUCAUGAUCUUGACCCCCCUGCUCAUAUAAUCCCUUCCCCCACUCUUUGACUGGACUCCAGGUGCUCUGCCCAGUGCCUAGCUGUACAUCUCUGCAUUUGCUUACAUCAGUCACUGGAUGAAGGCUCUAUGAUGACAGGGUAGUCACCAAUCUGAUUACAGGGGAAGGCCAGUUCAGGCACCCUCUCCUCUAUUGCUUGGAGUCUUAGCUGGGAUCAUCCUUGUAGAUUCCUGGGAAUUUCUCUAGUACCAGGUUUCUCCCUAAUUCCAUAAUGGCUCCCUCUAUCAAGAUACUUCUUUCAUUGCUUUUCUUCUCCACCUCUCCCCCUACUGGACCAUCCCAUUCCCUCAUGUUCUCAUCACCCAUCCCCUUCCCUCUUCCCCCUCUCCCAGUUUACACAGGAGAUCUGAUCUAUUUCCUCUUCCUAAGUGGAUCCAUGCAUGUCCCUCUUAGGGUCCUCCUUGUUACCUAGUUUCUCUGGAAUUAUGGAUUGUAACCUGGCUAUCCUUUGUUUUACAUCUAAUAUCCACUUAUGAGUGAGUACAUACAGUGUUUGUCUUUCUGGGUCUGGGUUGCCUCAUUCAGGAUGAUUUUUUUCUAGUUCCAUCCAUUUGCCUACAAAUUUCAUGAUGUUAUUGUUUUUUAUAGCUGAGUAAUACUCCACUGUGUAAAUGUACCACAUUUACUUUAUCCUUUCUUUGGUUGAGGGAUACCUAGGUUGUUUCCAGGUUUUGGCUGUUACACAUAAUCCUGCUAUGAACAUAGUUGAGCAAGUGUCCUUGUAGUAUAAUUGAGCAUCCUUUGGGUAUAUGUCUAAGAGUGAUAUUGCUGGGUCUUGAGGUAGACUAAUUCCCAAUUUUCUGAGAAACUAUCAUACUGAUUUCCAAAGUGGCUGUGCAAGUUUGCACUCCCACCAGGAGUGGAGGAGUGUUCCUCUUACUCCACAUCCUUUCCAGCAUGAGCUGUCAUCAGUGUUUUUGAUCAUAGCCAUUCUGACAGGUGUAAGAUGGUAUCUCAAAGUCAUUUUGAUUUGCAUUUCCCUGAUGGCUAAGGAUGUUGAGCAAUUUCUCAAAUGUCUUUUGACCAUUUGAGAUUCUUCUGUUGAGAAUUCUCUGUGUGGAUCUGUACCCCAUUUUUUAAAUUGGAUUAUUUGAUAUUUUGCUGUCUAGUUUCUUGAGUUCUUUAUAUAUUUUGGAGAUCAGACCUCUAUCAGAUAUGGGGUUGGUGAAGAUCUUAUCCCAUUCUGUAGGCUGCCGUUUUGUCUUAUUUACUGUGUCCUUUGCCCCACAAAAGCUUCUUAGUUUCAGGAGGUCCCAUUUAUUAAUUGUUACUCUAGUGUCUGUGCUACUGGUGUUAUAUUUAGGAAGUAGUCUUCUGUGCCAGUGUGUUCAAGGCUACUUCCUACUUUUUCUUCUAUCAGGUUCAGUAUAACUGGAUAUGUGUUGAGGUCUUAGAUCCACUCGGACUUAAGUUUUAUGCAUGGCAACAGAUAUGGAUCUGUUUGUAUUCUUCUACAUGUUGCUAUCCAGUUAUGCCAGCACCGUUUGUUGAAGAUGAUUUCCUUUUUCCAUUGUACAGUUAUAAAUUCUUUGUCAAAAAUCAGGUGUUCAUAGGUGUGCUGAUUAAUGCCAGGCUCUUCAAUUUGACUCCAUUGAUCUAUGUGUGUUUUUAUGCCAGUACCAAGCUGUUUUUAUUUUAUAGCUCUAUAGUGGAGUUUGAAGUCAGUGAUGAUGAUGCCUCCAGAAGUUCCUUUAUUAUACUGGAUUGUUUCUGCUAUCCUGGGUUUUUGUUUUUCCAUAUGAAGUUGAGUAUUGUUCUUUCCAGGUCUGUGAAGAAUCAUGUUGGGAUUUUGAUGGGGAUUGCAUUGAAUCUGUAGAUUGCUUUUGGUAAGAUUGCCAUUUUUACUAUGUUGAGCCUACCUAUCCAAGAGCAUGGGAGAUCUUUCUAUUUUCUGAUACAGAUGGGGUGAAUGUUGGGGUGGGCCAAGUUCUGGUUCCGGGCCUGGCCUGCUGCAGGGUUGGUCCACCAGCCAGUUCUCUGUCCUCACCACUCGGGUGAACUCUCCAGCAUUGCCCCAGCUAAUUCACUUCCUGCAAAAACGAGUGAAGAGUGGGGCCAGUUUUCCUGCUUUCACACUCUCAGGGUUGGCUCUCCCAUACCCACACCCUUAGGGCCAGCUCUAUUGUGUUGCCCAAGUAAGGUACAGCUGAUGAGGGGUAGGACAACCUUCCUGCUCUUAUGACCUCAGGGCCAGCUCCUCCACCUGUCUCAGGCAUUGAUGGGUGGGAGGUGUGUGUGGGGGAAGGUAUCUCUCCUUCGCCCACACUACCACAUGUCUGAUGAGUAAGGGGGACAGCUCUCCUUUGCUCAUAAGAUUGGGACUGGGUCACCCUCACCUUUGACCACCGGAAAGCUCUGCUGUGCUGCCUAGGUGAGGGGCAGGGCCUGUUUCCUGAGUGCUGCAGCUGGUAAAGGGGGGGUCAGCCCUCUCAUCUGUAGGUGGUAAAGGGUGAUGGGUAAUAGAGGGCAUCUCUCACCCUCCCACACCACCACAUGACAGACAAGUAGUGGGGACAGCUUUCCCACACUUACAACUUUGGGGUGGGCUCACCCACACCUCUGCCAACAAGGUUGACUCUGUUGUGUUACCCAGGUGAGGGGCAGGGCCUGCUCUCCCAAAUAUUGUAGCUGGUGUUACUUGUUUUUUGUUUUUAAUUUUUUUUUAUUGAUGCAGAAUCUCUAGUAGCUCAAGCUGGUUUCAUCCUUACUAUGUGGCCAAGGAUGGCCUUGAACUCCUCAUCCUCCUGCAUCUACCUCCAGAGUGCUGAGAUUACAGGCAUGCAACCACACUUAGCUCUGAUGGUCUUAAUUUUCUUAAGACCUCAUUUAUCUUGUUCUAGAACAGUUUCUGAGCCCUGAAGUCCCUCGUGUCCUUGGCUGGUUUCCAUUUCUCACAUUGUAAGGAUCUUGUUUUUUUUUUUUUCUGUGACAUAUAGGUGGAGUUUUUCCUGUGUUUUGGCAGCUGCUUCCCAAAUAACCAUCAAAGAGGCUUAAUAUUAAUUGUAAAAGCUCAGCCAACAACAGCUCAGGCUUAUUAUUAACUAGCUCUUACAUUUUAAGUUAACCCAUAUUCCUUAUUUAUGCUCUGCCAAGUGGUGGUACCUUGGUUAGCAUGGCAUAUUCAUCUCCUGCUCCCUCUGUGUUUGGCUGGUGACUCCUGACUAGAUGGCCUGUAAUUUGCUACUAGACCUGGAUGGCCUGGAACCCAGAGAUCCGCCUCCCUCUGCCUAUCACCACACACAGAAAAAAUUUGUUUUCUUCUAUUAAAUGUGGAUAAGCCACCAAUAUCCAUAAACCUCUCCCAUCUUGACACCCCAUGCAUGUGCUAUCUGCCAAACUUUGGACACUUCUGAGACUUCCCAUCACAUUCUUCUUUUUCUCAGCAAUUAUGAAUUAGCCAAUUACUUCACAUUCUGAGGUCCAGUUUCCACCAAUGGGAUAAGUCACAGUCAUGACCUGUGUUACCACAAAACAAGUGAACUUUCUGCCUGGUGUGCUGGCUCACUCUGUGUGGUAGAACAUUCUGCUUUGAUAGCUUGGUUUCAAUUCUUUGUGAGUUUGUGAGAAUAUUCUCCAACAACAUGCAAAGUAGAGUGUAGUGUCUGACCUUCUCUUCUGUGGUUGAUAGAUUUCCUGAAUUCUGGGCACUCUCUGAAGGAUCUACAAAAUGAUAAGAUACAGGGUACAGAUAAAGUUCCUUGAGGCCAGGAGAGUUGUUUAACCUCAGAGAUUAUGGUAGUUAAGAAAGGGAGAUGGGGAUUAGCGUGUGUGGGGUUCAGACAAGGCUGGAGACUUAGAGGGUCCCCAUAGCCUUCUAGGAGCUUCUCUGGGUCCUCUUCAACACCUCUUUGUAGUGGUAUUCCUGCUGAGCUCCUGGCUUGGCUCCAGAGAGCAGCACCUAGCCUUCAUCCUUCCUUUGUUUAACCACACCUUUUGUCUCUCUUAUCGCCCUAUGGGAAUCUUGUUGGAGAGUCAAGGAUCAGAGAGUCCCCCAAGGAUCAAAGGCCUAUGCAAAACUUGGUCCAGGAAACCCGGAAAACCAAGGUACCUGAUAAAUCAAGUAAUUUGCACAUGGCAGUUGGUCUCUGGGAGCUCCUUUUGGGUUGCUUUUGAAGGUAUGGAAAUUAACUAUCUAAACUGUAAGAAAGAGUAAAUAAAUAUGCCCUAGGUGAAGGAAAGAGUGCUUCAGUCCUUCGAGGCUGGACCCCCCUGCAGCCAUGAUAGGCUAAAUUCCUUCUUAA